CUGAAAUCCUAGACAAAUAAUGCAUUUUAAUAAUCAGGACUGAUUAGGGAAUCUAUUCUCAGUAAUUUUUUUAUCUGUUUAAUAUUGCGUUAGGUAAAGAUAAUUUUUCCUUAGCCGCUUAAACUACAAUCAAUAGUUUUGUUUAUAAGCCUGUGUAAAAAAAGAUACUUUGUUCUUGUUCUAAAAAAUAUUCCUCGAGUUACGUAACGGGUAUCAAUAGGUCAUGAAAUCACAUGACAUGUCCCUGUAAACAGCCCACUUACACACCUCCUACACUCACUCCGUGCCCGUGGGCUCCGAAAUAUUUCUAUCAAUGUGAUCUAGGUCACCUUGACGCCAUUUUUAAGGCAGUGCGGGCUUUAAAAUUAAACCAAAGGUUUUAAACAGGCAUAUAAUACACAGGGAUGUCACAGCUCCCUGGGCCCUCCAUUUUAACUGUAUUUUAUUAAUUCGGCUUAUCGUCCCCUGAAAUCAACAAGAUAUUCACAUCAGGGCUCACGACACCGCAGCGUCGGACAUUUCGCUCCUUUACGGCAAGUUGGAUUGGCUGGCUGUUUGUGGGCGGGGCCGUCCUUUGACAAUCUGUGUUUCCAGUUUACCCGCAGCUUUGUCGGGAGCGCGCAUUGGAAGGCUAUAGCCAGCCUUGAGCCUCGUUAGGUUUACCCUCCGCCUUAUAGCCGGCAUGGCAGCGCUGCUAGCCCGCAAAGCUGUGGACUAUGUCAAGAGCAAGGACUUCCGAGACUAUCUCAUGAGGUAAUUCAGCCAGCCGGCCGGCUGCUGCAGCCACAAAGCUGCUUUUUGUGAGUGUGAAGGGGCUAUUCACAUUGCCAGGGGCUCCGGGCCAGGCUGCUGGUCACUGAGUGUGCACACUGCAUCCUGGGAAACCGGGCCAAUCCAGCUACAAAAUCCUCAUACGGCCAAUACUGACUGCGGAUAGUACGUUUUCAGGCUUGUGUAUGGGUUUCAGCAGGAUUAUAUAGACACAGGGCUAUAAAAAGAAUGGCAUGCAUUCAUUUAUUAUUGCAUUUUGUGUGUUAGUCACUUUUCAUAAACAUACCAGCAGUGAAGACUUGUAAACGUUCGGAGAACUCAAGGUGACCCAGAAGCUUAUUGUUUGUGACUUCACCCAAUUGUGUUUCGAUUUAUGUUUUUCACUACAAAAAACAAACAAAUCUGCUUGACAGUUGCCAUGGAGGUAGUUAAAAUGGGAAAACAUAAUCAGGUUUCCGUGUAAUUCUGGGGCAAAGUUGUAAAACUGGAACAUUCCAUUGGUUUCCAUGGUGACUGAUCCACUGAUAAAACUUUCACCCAAAAUUACGCUUUAUAUACAACACACAUACUUUUCAGAGGAACAAAACUUUUGUUCUUCAGGAUUUUUAAACAGGGAAAACCAAAAUGUCAUUGUAAUAGAAAUGUCAAUUGCUUUGAGUGAAACUAAUUGAAACAGGCUAUGCUCCUUUCUCAGAUUAUAGUGAAAAAACACUUCAACAUUGAGCUUGUCAUGGACAAGUUGGUUACCCAUAAAGAUUGGUUACCUCCUCUCUUAGGAACACAUACUCUUUGUGGCUGACUGGGGUUGUUCAGCUAGGUACUGCAAGGUAACCAUGGUUUAAGAUUUUGGUUAGGGAUUGGUUUCGCCUACCCCAAACUUAUUCUAACCCAAAAUUAUAAAUGUAAAACAAACUUUAAAUUGCAAUAAUAUUAUAACGCUAAGAGUGCUGUAUCUCAGAUCUUAAAAUAAUUUCCUGAAUAUACCUUGAAUUAUAAACUCAUUUCCCUGUGCUUUAGUGGGAGAUCAGAUAACAAUAUCUACAAAUCUCACGUGAGGAUGUUAUGCAUUUAUUGGCCAAGCCAAUUACUUUUAAGGUGUGUUCCUAGUGUAUACAAGUACACUUCUUUGACAGGGUCCUUGACAGUCUUCUGUGAAAGCUUCAUUUACUUUCACAGAAGACUGUCACAGACCCUGUCAGAGAAGGACUUCAGUGACUUCAAUCAUUGGGGUUUUACAGGAUAUGCUGCAUACUGUCUUUGAAAACCAUUGAAAGACUGGGAUUGAUGCCAAACUAUUCCUAGACUAGGUAGAGGAAAGCACAAUACACAUGAUCUUCAAUGGGAAGAUUUUUUUUUGCAUAUGCUUUAGCAUGAUUGCGUGAGCAUGAUUCAUGAUGUAGAUUAAUUUCCAACUUGGAGUUUCCAUGAAAAACACAAAUAUUACCUGUGAACAUCCUGGUGUGCCAUUUGAGAGGUGGUCCAAAACAUGCAGCACAUCCGCUGUUAAUACCACUGAAAUCAAUUGGGAAUGCUAAACAGACAAUUUACUGCUCACUCUUAAUAAAGCAGGAUAUGCAGAAACCUAACCGGGUCAUUCACUAAAAUGAAAAGUGAUGUUGUUUCAAAGUGAAUUUAACAUUUCGAAAACAGCAACAUUUUCUAAGUCUGCUACGUUUCCAGUUUGGCUACUUUGACCUUGCAUGUGAAAGUCACUUUGAAUUCACAACAAGAGGCUGCACGUGUAGUCAAAAUGUUGUUGUUUGGAGAUGACCUAUUGCAAUAUUACAACAUAAUUUUGUAUCUGAUUUCCUUACUUAUUUUCUUUCAUCUAAUCAUUUUUUUUUGUUUGUGUUUUUUUUUUCCUCUCCUGUUGCAUCUCUGGAAUUACUAUUAACUACAAUCACACAGUACGGUAAGUAGGGAAAUGUUUUACUGUUUGCAUUAAUUUUUAUUUCUUUACAAUGCUACUUCAAGGAACACAAUCGUGUUAGGAAUAGAAACAUGUCUCCCUAAUGCUAUAGUGCCAUGUAAGCCAGUUUAGGUGCCCCCAAGCAGUUUUACUUGCCUUUUCUCCCUCGUUGCACUGGUCCCUCACUGCUGUUUCACCUCCGUGACUGAGAUCAUCAAGAGUCAUCACUGUCAAUCCAGUGAUUUCCUAUUUGAUAGAAAUAGCCAAGUUUUACUUGGCUCUUUUGGAAGCCAAGUAAGAUGGCACUUUCUUUUUUUUUUUUUUUCAUGAAGUAUAGGUCAUGUCAAACUAACUUAAAUUUAUUCUGUAAAGUUGGAAGUACAAAUAUAGAUCAGGUUGUUGCAGUGAAGGUAAUCUACUUGUAUUUUACCAAAGUGUUUGAUACAGUUCCACACAACAGCUUACUGUUCAAACCAACAGAAAUUAGACUAGAUGAAAAUGCUUGUUCUUUCAUAGAAUAUUGGCUUAAUGAUAAGAGUACAGAGAGUUGUCAUUGAUGGUAUUCCUCAGGGGUUCUGUUCUGGGACCACGUCUAUUUGACCUCUGGUUACCACCAUGCCACCUGACCACCAGGGAUUGUCAUAGCCCGCCUCCAUGGCCAGGUAACAAGCAGGGAGGGGGGACAUUUUUUUUUUAAAUAAAACAUAUAUAAAUAUUAAAAAUUAUCUGAAUAUCUUGCGGGCAUUGUAUCCUACUGUGCUGUUUUUACCAUUGCUUGCGCCAACCCACAUUCCUGUUCCAUUAAUUUAUCCUUUCUUUUACUUUCCUUUUCUCCUUAGUCACCCCUAUUACCACUGCAGCCCAAAAUCUGGAGAAUAGACCCAGAGUCCACAACCACUCUAGAGUGCUAUUACUAAAUGUGUGUCCGCUAAACUUGCUAAAUAAUACGAUGCAUAAAAAUACUGUAUGGCUUACACUUAGGCUGAUACUUAGCAAUUUGCACAGAUGAUCUACCCACUAGUCCAGCCAUAUUUUCCACUCACCCACACCCAAUAGCCUGCCUGAAAACCCUUUGGUUCACAGUUUGAGUUCAGUUAAAUAUGUCUAGCCUGCCAUUAAAUAUGUCUUAUAAUAUCGUCAGUCAGAAUAACCAGACCGCUGCUACAUGACUCCAUACUGAUAUAUUGACCAUUCUGUUUAUUGUUCAGCCUGAUCUUACUUUUAAAAAUUGUGCAGUUCCUUCAUAUACCAUGUCAAAGCUAUAUCUAACCUGUAAUAUGAAUCGCUUGCUAAAUCUGUUGUGGUAUUCGCAAGUCUACAUGUAACCACAUGCACAACAAAAAUAAAGAAUUAAAAAUAUAUAUAUUAAAAUAAAAAAAUGCCUUUCUCCCCAUUUUACACAAAUCACAUCCCUUCAGGAACACACACAACACACUCUGUAUAUAAUGCAGAGUGUGUAGUGUGUGUGUGUGUGUGUGUAUAUAAUGCACACACUACACACUGUAUUAAUUAUAUACACACACUAUAAAAACACACACAAUCUGCAUUCAUUAUAUACACACACUAUACAAACACACUUCAUUAACUAUACACACACUACACACACUGCGUUCACUAUACACACAUUAUACACACUGCGUUCGCUAUACACACAUUACACACUGUGUUCGCUAUACACACACUACACACACACACACACACACUCUGCAUUCAUUAAAUACACACUACACAGUCACUGCAUUAACUAGACACACUACACAGUCACUGCAUUAACUAGACACACUACACAAAUACACACAGCUCCCCUGUCUAAACACGCUGCAUCCACUGCAUGUGGCAUGUAUAUUUUGUGCAUUUACCUUUAGAAAUUGUUUAUUUUUUCAAAAUGGUAAAUGCACAGAAUAUCGGCAAGUUAUCGAUGAUCGGCCUGAAAAUUCACAGAUUAUCGGUAUCGGCUCUAAAAAAAAAAAUCAAUAUCGGUCAAUCCCUGCUCUAAAUGGUGGUUAAUUAGAGAUGUCACAUAAGGAUUUGGCAAUUGUUUUAGACCAUAAACUUAACAGUGUCAGUACUCCGUUGCAUGCAUAAAAAGGGGCAUUCAUUCUCAGGAUGAAAAUAUAAUUAAUAUAAUUAAUAAAAUGAAUUACUUAUUUUAGUUCUGAAGAAUGGUUAACAAAUAUUAAAGGGAUACUAUAGGCAUCCGAACAACCUUAAGCUUAAUGAAGCAGUUAUGGUGUAUAUAUCAUGCCCCUACAGUAUCUGUUCAAUUCUCUGCCAUUUAGGAGUUAAAUCACUUUUGUUUAUGUAGUCAUAGCCACAUCUUCAUAGCAUGUGACUCACACAUUCUGCAUGGAAAAAUGGUUUAAUUUUCAAAUAUAUUUUAACUUGAUUUAGAAAUUUUUAUCAUCUCCUACUCUGUAAAUUGAACUUUAAUCACAAGCAGGAGUCUCCUACAGAGUCUAGGCUAUUAACAGAGAAAUAGAUUACGUUCUAAAUUAAACAUAGUGCAAAAAAAGAAAGACUUGACAUAUCCCACGAGCGCAGUUUAUUAUGUCAUAUUCAGACUGAGUUCCCUCACUGCAUCCUCUCCCAGUGUGGGGAGAGCAGGUGCCUACACUGCCUUAGCAAUAAGGAUGUCAAACUCAAGGCUCACUGGGCUGAAAAGAUAUUUAUUGUGGGCCGCAUGUGGCCUGUUGGCCAUGAGUUUGACAUGCUUGCUCUACAAGAACUGUUCAGUAAGGUUGUGCAAGUCACAUGCAAGGAGGGAUGGCUAUUGCUGUAUAAACAAAGUAAAUUAACUCCUACAUGGAAGAUAAUUAAACAGUUAGACUACAGGGACAUGAUUUAUACACCAAAAGUACUUUAUUAAGUUAAAAUUCUUUUGGUGCCUAUAGUUUCCAUUUAAAUCUGUUUGCAAUAUAAAAACUGCACGUCAGAGGGGAUAUGAUAGCAUUAUACAAAUAUAUUUGGGUCAAAUACAAACCAUUGUCUGGAAAUCUAAUCAUAAACCGGACUUUAUCUAGGACUCAAGGUCAACCAUUUAUAUUGGAAGAAAGGAGAUAUAGUCUAAGGCAGUGGUUCCCAACCCAGUUCUCCCUACCAAAAACCCAUACAACCAGAGACUAUUAAUGUAUGCAUUCUCUUAUUUUAAAUAAUACAAAAUGACAAAUUUCCUUUAAAUGCAUUCAGUGAAGAAGUUACUAGAAGUAUAAAACGGUGUUGCAUCAGAUGUGGUUUACUUUGCGUUUGCCAAUGCAUUUAUUAUGGUUGUAUGCAAAUGAUUAUAGAACAAAUUUUAAAAAUCUGUUUGGAUGGAAAAGUGUUUAGAUAGACUGCAGAGAGUAGUUAACAGAAAAUAUUUAAGUUGGAUAAAAGUGGUAAGCGGUAGCUGUUUUGCCCCACCUCUCCCCCCUUUUAAAUUUCCCUCUACUUCACUGAACUCUUCUUACUAUGUAUCUUUGUUCAAUCUUCUCUUUCAUUUCCUUUUUCUCUGUUAUUUUAUUUUUAUUUUUUCCAGGCUAGGUCAUACGGUAGGAGGAAUAAUGUAGCAAAGAUACGAUAAUGAUUAGCACAUCUAAUAGUUACUUGAAAUGUUUAUCUACCUAUUUUUUGUUAUACAUAAAUCCUCUUCAUAGUUGGUAAGUGCCAAACUUACAAUAAGAAAUGGGCUCGCAAUGAUAAAAUUGAACAAUAUUUUAUUGCACUUAUAUGGAACAGAAGUUAUUUGGCUUAUCCAUAAGCCCAGCAGUGAUUAAAUACCUGAUAUGGUUACGGAAAAUACAGAAUUUAAGAGAUCUCCAUAACCGGCAGGUGUCAAUGAUACAGCAAGCUUAGAGUUUUUUCAAUAAUAACAAAUGAAUUGUAACUUAAUCAACUUCUUUAUCAGCCCAAAAAGGGAAUGUGCAUAGGAUAUGUUUAUUUGAAUAUAAAGUUCGUAAUCGAAUAUAAAAAUAUAAAACCCUCAGUAGACGGCAAGUGCCAAUGGUUUUUUUUAAGGAAAGGGCAUACAUUGUAUUUGUCAAUCUGCAUUAUGUUUCCAAAUUAUUGUUAAGUUGGCUUAUGCGUAAGCCCAAAAGUCGAUGUAAACUUGCUAUGUCUGAGAAAAAAUAAAGAAUUAAAAAAAAAAAAAAAAAAAAAGUUCUUCGGAUUCUGUACUGGAUCGUCUUCUCUUAACUUUGUGUAUUUACACUUGACGCAAAAUUUGGUAAGGUAAUGUAUGAAUAGGAUGUUACUAGUCUACAAAGGGAUUUUAAUACAUUUGGUGACUGGGCAUACAAGCAGCAGAUGAAAUUCAAUGUGGAAAAUAAAUAACGGAUUAAUGCAAAGUGAUGCUUUUUGGGAUGAGCUACCCAGAAGGAACCUAUACUGUGCAUAGAGUUUGGUUAGACAGAAUGGUGAUUUAGAUUUGGGAAUUCUAGACCACUCACUACAUAAUAAUGUAGGAUCUCAGUCAUCCGCUGAAUAGACCAGUAAGAUAUUGUUAUACAUAAAAAUACACAGGUUUAUAAAACACAAUAAAAUCCCACCUUAAAAAUGUGUAGACAUUGAAGUGCCAUUGACUGAAUUAAUUUGAUGUCUGUCUAUUUUGACACGGAGUAUGCAUCCAGUACUUUUCUAUGACACAUUAGAUUGAAUGAUUCUCACACAAAAAAAAGUAUAAGAUUGGAGAAUUUCUGUUAUACAUGCACAUGUAGUUUAUGUUAAAGGAACUGACGGGUAAGAAGACAAAUUAUUCUAAAACAGGUGCUUUACAGUAGAAGCGGGGGCACAUAAUUUCACAGUAGGAGGAUUGGGCUGAAGUUAGGUGUUAUGAUGUGGAUUUUUAUUUAGUUAUUAUAUAGUAUUGCCCUUUUCAUUUCUAACACUUUUUUUUUUUUUAAUUUUUUUUUUUUUUAUAUAUAUACAGCACUUUUGGGGGCCUGUGGCAAAUUGGGGACUGCCUAUUGCUGCUAUCAAUGAUAUGAAGAAAUCUCCAGAGAUUAUAAGUGGCCGUAUGACAUUUGGUAGGAUCCUACUCUUCUCUUUUUUUUUUGUGGGGGAGGGGGCAUAGUUUUAUUGGUAGGAACCAUACAUAUUCAACAAAAGUUAAUUUCUUUGGUGCACACCACUCUCUCAUACCAUGAGACCCCGUUAUCCUCACUCUGCACAUAUCUCAUUGUUUAUGUGAAACACGUCUUUCAUUGCAACAACAGGAUAACACGUGAAACAACUCGAUGUUGGAACCCUGACUGACUGGGCGGGGUGCAGUGCUGGUACUCUGCCUGCCCCUGCAUAAAGAUGGUUCCAAGCUUGGCAUGAAGGUAGUUUCCAUCCACUACCAAACAUUUCCGCAAUAAGAUGUUCCUGUGUUAUGUGUACUUCAUAACUCCAUCAUGCUGCAAUCAGAGUGGCCAAGCAAUAACACCAUGUAUAUCAUGUUGAAUGCAUUGGAUUCCUUGCAUGUUUUUUUUAUUUUAUUUUUUGUUGUUCUUUAUGUGGUUAAUGGGAGUUCUACCCUCUAGCACAUUAACUGUAAAACUUCUCAUAAAGGGAUGAGGGGAAAUAAAUGUGCUGACAGAGCUCUUGUCUUAUGUGAAUGUAUAAUACAUGGGUUAUCAUUGCUGAUCAUAAAAUAUUAAUACAGUCAUAAGAGUAUGAGACUAUUAUCCAGGAUACAGUAAAGUCCAAAAUGGCAACAGUUCAAAAUGCCAUAAGGCCUGUAUGUAUUGGGGUGGGGGGGUAUGGAAACAGUGGCAUAGGCUGAGAAAACAAAAAAUAGAACGCCUCUUGGGUCUAACUUGGUGAAAAGAGAUCCAUCCCAUCACCAGUAGAGGAGGGUCAACAUUAUAUUCCGGCGGGUUAAUAGACUAUUUUGAUAGAAGGAAAAUGUAUUGGAGCCUUCUGCAGUGUGAAAUGUGAGCCUGAUCGUGGUGCAAAUUAAAGUAUGUUGGCUUCAUCCCAGCACUGAGAAGGAUGGGAAGAGUUUCAUGAUGCAACUUCAGUCUGUGUUAGGUAAAUCAAAGAUGUAGAUGAAAAUUCCACUGCCACCUCUGGGAACCCUACUUAAACUUUAUUUAAUUUUGACAGUUUGCAAUUGCCUGCCUCUUGAGUUUAGCUCCACUGAGAUCAACAACCAGGAUGUAACCGGACUGACUGUGUUGUCUGACAGGCAGGGGGGUGUAACAAGGUUAUAGGAAAACUAUAGGCUUGCGGCCCCCUCCCUGUAGUGAUGAAAUGGUUAAAAAAAAACAAAAACAUUUUGUCACUUACCCAAAUCCACGCCAUUGUCCCUCGAUGCUGAGUUAGGCUUUGCCUUCGCUCCUCCGACGUCAGGGUCCGCAUGCGCACUGAGCAACACUAUCACAAAGGACAAUCCCCUAGGAAAGCAUUGAAUAAAUACUUUCCCAUUGGAUUUUAGCUUACACUAGAUGUCCUCAUGCAUAGUGUGAGGGUGUUUAGUGUCAGGCGACCAAAAAUCGCCUAGUGACCCGGAAGCACCUCUAGUGGCUUGCUGGUAGACAGCCACUAAAGGUGGAAUUAACUCUGCAAUGUAAUUAUUGCAGUUUGUCAAUAACUGUAAUAAUUACUAUUACAGGGUUAAACUGACAUGGACAGUGCAACCAAGCCACUUCAAAGAGCUUGAAGUGGUCUGGGUCCCUGUAGUGUCCCUUUAAUUUAUAAAAGUGAGAAUUGCUAGUUAAUCCUGCUCUAACACUCAAAGCACUCCAAAUGACAUAUAGCCUAACUGUUUCUUUGUAAUAACAGUCUUGUCUGUAAUAUUACUUGUUUUUCUUUCAGCCCUUACAUGUUACUCAUUGAUGUUUAUGAGAUUUGCCUAUAAAGUUCAGCCUAGAAAUUGGCUCCUAUUUGCAUGUCACUUAACCAAUGAAGGCGCACAGCUCAUCCAGGGAUCACGUCUCAUAAAAUAUGAGUAAGUGCAACUGUUGGAAUUUUGCUUUAAAUAGUAAAUACAGUUCAAUUAAAUAACAUCCAUGUUUUUUUUUCCCCUGGUUGGGGUUUGGGGGACAUAGGGUCAUAGGGUGUUUAGAGUAGGGGAGAAAGUUAAGUUAUACCUAGCUACCUUCAAAUGAAUGUAUUUUAAUUCCUAUAAUUUUGACAUAACAAUAAUGCCAUUUAGACUUCUUAGACUCCCACUCUAACCUGCCCCUAUCCUUGCUGACAAAACUUAAUGAAUAUUGGGCAACUUGAAUUGAAAGGAAUGAUUUGGACAUAUAAUUUUUACGUUGGUACACAAGUUUAUUAAGUUUAUCGUAAAACUGGUUCAUUAUGGGCCAUCAAGAAUUCUCCUUUUCUAUAUUAAUUGAGAUACUGACAAAACCUUGACUGUUGCUGGGUCACUAUUUUGGGAACCACUGCUGUACAAGGACCACAGACAAGCCUACAUCUGUUGAUUUGUUACAUGUGUAUAUAUACUUAUGCUUGAAAAUGUUCAAAGUAUAUUUAUAACUAAUUUUAUUUUUUUUAAAUAUGAACAGAAUGUUUAAAAAGGACGUUACAGAGAAAUGAACUCAACAGAACCUCAGACUGCUCACUCUCAAUUCUGGAUAGCCUACCGUCUUGGAAACAAGAAAAAAAAUGUAUUUACUUUUUGUGGUAGAGAACUGUUACUAAAUUGAGGUAAAAGCGGAACUUGGUGUUUUUAUUCAUUCACACAUAGAGUGUACUAAUGGACUUUCUAAUAAAGUAACCAACAUUAUAACAUGUGAAUGACUUUUUUUUAGUGAUUUAUUAGUAAAGGAACACAAGGCAGGAAUUCACUCCAUUUCGUAUAACUAUUUUAAAUUUGUCAAGAGGAACUGUCACUUCUUUGGAACUUACCAUUGAAUAAUAUAUUGAAAAUCACCUUUUGUAUUUUGUUUUGUUUUUUUUGUAAUGAGAUGCAC